CAAACUCCUCACAUCACACGACUAAACCAGAGAGAAACACAGAAAGGAUCUUCAACACGCCACAUCUGCUUUAUUAUGGAUUAAAAAGGAUCUUCAACAGGUUCCUUACAGGGGCUCUGACAAUUAGCCGAAAAUGUAUUCUCCAAAGUAAAACUGCUAAAACUUUGUUAUCUCAACAGAACAUUCAGGACAAACAAGAAAGUAAAUCAAGGAGAGAAGGAGAAUCAUCAAAAAUCUUCAAAGACUGAACGGAGAAUAUCUUCAGAGACUUCCAAGCUUCAAAGACAUUUUGGACGCUGAGUUUUUUCUCCAGUCAUCAUGGCGUCCACAGGUCUGCAGCUUCUGGGCUUGGUGUUGGCCAUGCUGGGUUGGGUGUGCGGGGUCUUGGUGUGCGCCGCUCCUCUGUGGCGCGUGUCUGCCUUCGUUGGCGGGGAGCUCGUGAUCGCCCAGGUGCUGUGGGAGGGACUGUGGAUGAACUGCCUGUCUCAAACCACGGGCCAGAUCCAGUGCAAAACCUACGACUCCACCCUGGCCCUACCCAUGUCCCUGCAGGUGGCCCGGGGCCUCACCGUCCUCUCCCUACUCCUCUGCAUCUUAGCACUCUUGCUAGGAGUGGCAGGGGCCAAGUGUACACACUGCAUGGGUGACACUAACCAGGCCUCUAAGGCUCGACUGGCCAGGCUAUCGGGGGUGCUCUUCCUCGUGGCUGGCCUGGCUUACCUGGUGCCGAUCUGUUGGGCUGCCUACGCUAUCAUCAAGGAUUUCUAUGAUCCAAAUGUUGCAGCGCCUUUAAAGAGAGAGCUGGGGCCCGCGCUGUACCUAGGCUGGGGUGCUUGUGUGAUGCUCCUAGUGGGGGGCGCCCUGCUGCAUGUGGGCUCCUCUCCACCGGUUGGUAAAACACUACCUGUGGGAAGAGGAGCAGUGAAGGAUAACCCACAUACAGCAGCAGGAGAGGUGAAGCCACAAGAGAAAUCCUUUGUAUGAGAUCAAUUUAUUGGACAUGCGAGGCUCAAACAAAGAGGUCAAAACCUCAUUAGAAAUUCAAAACAGACUCUGUUUUAUGUCUUAUAAUGCAGAGUUAGUGCAUUUUCUUGUACUUCUUUGAUACACUACACAGUAAUAAGGUUCCUAAUACAACUAAAUGAUUCAGUGGAGUGGGAGAUGAUGUGAUUUGUGGGAGGAUAAUAGAUGUUUAGAUGUUUACUAAUGUGUGUGACUUACAUUGCUCAAAUUCCACUCUGCCUCUGCUCGUGUAUCAGUGAUUGUAUGUGUGUUUGUGUGGGCGCUCUGUGUACAGAUGACCAGUGUAUACUGUGAAUCUCUGUGUGCUGAUGUAAUAGCUCAGAAUAUGUGUGGGCAGUUGGAGUGACACUUGUUUAUUUACUAUCAUAUUUACUCUUAUUUGAAUCCUUCUUGGUUUGGGUUUUUUAAAUGUUUCUUCACUGUUCUUGCAGUGCUGUGAAAAAGUAUUUGCCCCUUUCCAGAUUUCUUAUUUUUUGCAUAUUUGUCACACUUAAAUGUUUGAGAUCAUCAGAAAAAAAAAAAUAUAUUAGACAAAGAUAAGCCUAGUAAAUAUAAAAUACAGUUUUCAAAUGGCAAUUUCAUUUAUCACCACAUGUUUGGGAAAGCUGAAUUCAUUUUCACUAGCCACAUCCAGACCUGAUUACUGCCAGACCUGCUGAAUCAACAAAAUAAAAGCUGUCUGACAAAGCGAAGUAGACUCAGAAGCCAACACAUCAUGCUGCGAUCUAAACAAAUUCAAGAACAGAUGAGAAACAAAGUCACCGACAUCUAUCAUUCUAGAAAGGGUUACAAAGCCAUUUCUAAGGCUUUGGGACUUCAGCUUCAUGGUGAGAGCCGCUAUCCACAAAUGAGGAAAACUUGGAGCAUUGGUGAAUGGAGUGGCCAGCCAACCAAAUUUCUCCAAGAGUGCAUCGACAACUCAUCCAGGAGGUCACAAAAACAAAAAACAAAAAAAAAACACAAACUUGACUCAAUCAAGUUCAGUGUUCAUGAUUCAACAAUCAGAAAGAGGCUGGGUAAAAAUGGCAUCCCUGGUAGAGUUCCAAGGCAAAAACUAACGCUGACCAAAAAGAACACAAAGGUUUUGUUUCACAUUUGAAGAAAAUUAUCUUGAUGACCCCCAAGACUUUUGGAAAAUAUUCUGUAAAUAUUCUAAAAAGAAAAUCAUACCAACAGCCAAACAUGGUGGUGGUAGUUUGACGGUCUGGGGCUGCUUGCCAUAACUGAUGGAAUCAUAAAUUCUGCUCUCUACCAUAGUGGUUCUCAACCUUGUUAGCCUGUGAUCCCCAAAAUAAAGUUACAAGAGACCGGGGACCCCUGCUGUACCUGGAGGUGGUUGAACAGCCAUACACAUUCAAGAAUAGUCAUGUACGGAAAAGGUUGUCCAUAAGGAGGGAUAAAGGGAGAGG